AUGAGAAAGAAGGGGAGCAAAUCAACAGUGGAUACAAAGGAGGAAUAUUCAAGACAUGAGAAGACCUAGGAGAAGAGGGCAGUGAGGUGUGAGCCUUUUUGCCAAAGCUCUCCCUUGGAAACCUUCUGGCAUUCUCACACCUUGAAAAAAGUCUCUUCAAUCUAUUUCUUUAUUAGUGUUUUGAAAAUGGGAUUACAUGCCUUUAAACAGCGUCAUCAUGGAAUAACUAUGAAGCUCAAUCACAUUAUAGGCGUACUUUAAGGGUAUUAUCAAAGUCAUACUAUGAUUGCUUGAUUAGAAAAAGACCUAAAAAUUUAUAUAUAAAUUUAAGGUGGUUUUAAGAAACCCCAAGGAGCACAACUUCUCUAACUUGCAAGGUUGUCAAGAUGGUCUUCCAUCGAAGUUGUCGAUCCCUGAUGACGCUGGUUGAAUCGAGUCUCGUAUCCUCAGCAGUCUUUUCUAGAAAAUUAAAUAUUAAGUAAAACCUGCUAGAUCGAUAAACCUAAAGAGACAAGAUUUCAGCAGGUUUUGGGGACCAAGAGCUAAAUUGACAAACAGAGUAAGGUAUGGAUACUUAAAGCAUUUUUCGUGGAGAGAAAAUAUAGGCUAAGGGUCUGUCUACCCAGAGAAGGUUUGGCUGCAUGGGCGAAGGUCUUCAGUCAAGGUCCAUUUUUCCCUCUCUGGUGGGUUACGGCGGGGCGUCCGCUGUCAAGAGGUGCGGCCAACUCUGCCUUGAGGCGCGGUGUUGGCACGGUGCCCCCAUGAAGGUCACCUUCCCGGAAUCCCCCACAGUGCCAAGCGCAAAAUCCUCACCAGUUUUCAGCGCGCAGACGAGCCGCCACUCGCUCCACUUCGCCGCCCACAGCCCCGGCUAUGCCAUGCGCGGACGCGGCAGGCAGUUGACUCACGCACAGCGCAGCACUGUGUAA